CCGAGUUGCUUGUCCUCCAUCUGAUCCGUGUGAGCUAUUGCGGUUGUGUUGUGUAGAGACGUAAACAUCCAAUAACAGAAGCAACCAAGCAACAUGGAAAACACACCACGCAAGAUUGUGGUGCUCAAUAUGAGAGACGGAAAAUAUGUUUUAUCCGAGAAGCCGCAGCCUACAGCUUCCUCAUCACAACCAACACUACAUCCAGAUUUUAUAAAACAACUACCGACGGCAAAAAAUACAUCAAAGAACAUCCAACCUCCAACAAACAUCGUUCACCGCAGUGUUUCCGCAGCUUCCUCAUCACAACCAACACUACAUCCAGAUUUUAUAAAACAACUACCAACGGCAAAAAAUAUAUCCAAGAACAUCCAACCUGCAACAAACAUCGUUCACCGCAAUGUUUCCGCAUCCAUUUCGGAUUCCAUUUUUUCCGCAUCCAACAAACCCAACAUUUCCAAACCCAUAAGCAGCAAUAGUCCCAUAAAUCUAGAGACAACAAAAUCCUCUAUAGACGCAGGAUUGCGCGAUCUUUUAGUUUCAAUUGGACAGAAAAUGGAUGACAUGACAAAAAAAAUUACAAAUUUGGACCAGAAACUUAAUGAAAUAGAAACUAACCACGCCAACAGGGUUCGAGUUGUUGAGAAAAAUCAAGCAAUUAUUAAAACUAAGCUGGACUUGAUCUUAGAUAAAAUCUCUCCUCGUCCAGGAUUGGUAACAAAUAGUUCAUUCAACUGGGAACCGAUCGCAUCCAAAGAAAUGUUGGAUGCAGUGGAUCAGCAGCUUAAUGAUCAACAGUACAAAAAAGAAUUUGAAGAAUAUCUGGAAUGCCAGCUGCCAACAGAUAGCUCGGAAGAAAGGCUUCAUUCAGCGAUGGACAUCAUAUUUGCCAGACAGUUUGUUAUAGAGAUGAGCUGGACGGGAAUUGGACAUCCGAACCAAAAAAUUCCGUUGUUUGGAUAUAAAAAUAUUCUUGCUUUAUUUAAGCACAUUGGAACCUUUCACGGAGUAACUCCAACUCCUCAAAAAAUUAAAACAUUCUUCCAAAAUAAAUUGAAGCAUGCCCGCCAAAGACUGAACCUAGAAGGUAAGAUUAAAUCCACGCACCACAGACAUCAACAUUCUCAUUAUUAGUGUUUUUUUGUUUUGUUAUAAAG